UUGAGGACGUCGGGGGAGCGCGCGCGCUGCCGCCCCCGCAGCCGCCGGGCCGGAGUUGCUGGUCGCGGGGAUUGCGGGUGAAGAUCUCGACUGAAGGGCUCGAGCCGGCGUGUGCUGCUGUUUCUGCUGUCGCCGCCGAGGCCUCCGUCCGCUCCUGGUCAUGAGAGGAGACAGAACCCUGAAGCAAAGAAAUCUGGAUCAGAGAAAAAGCAUUUAAGAGCCAUGCAAGGCAAUCGUAGCCAGCUGCACAGUCCCCCAGGACCCAGAGGCAGUGAGGAUGCCUCAGCCUCCCAGUGUAUCCAUACAAGAUUGACAGGAGAAGGUUCUUGUCUUCAUUCUGGAGAUGUUCAUAUCCAGAUAAACCCUACACCCAAAGAAUGUGCUGAAAAUCCAAGCUCCAGAAAUAUAAGGUCAGGUGUCCAUAGCUGUACCCAUGGAUGUGUACAUAGUCGCUUACGGAGUCACUCCCAUAGUGAAGGAAGGCAGCCUGAUGAUACUGCCACCGAGUCUGGAGAACAUGGUAGUAGCUCCUUCUCAGAAUUCCGCUAUCUCUUCAAGUGGUUGCAAAAAAGUCUUCCAUAUAUUUUGAUUCUGGGUGUCAAACUUGUUAUGCAGCAUAUAACAGGAAUUUCUCUUGGAAUUGGGCUGCUAACAACUUUUAUGUAUGCAAACAAAAGCAUUGUAAAUCAGGUUUUUCUAAGAGAAAGGUCCUCAAAGAUUCAGUGUGCUUGGUUACUGGUAUUCUUAUCAGGAUCUUCUGUUCUUUUAUAUUAUACCUUUCGUUCUCAGUCACUUUAUUACAGCUUAAUUUUUUUAAGUCCUACUUUGGACUAUUUGAACUUCUGGGAAGUACUUUGGAUUGUUGGAAUUACAGACUUCAUUCUGAAAUUCCUCUUCAUGGGCUUAAAAUGCCUUAUUUUAUUGGUGCCUUCUUUCAUCAUGCCUUUUAAAUCCAAGGGUUACUGGUAUAUGCUUUUAGAAGAAUUAUGUCAGUAUUACCGAACUUUUGUUCCUAUACCAGUUUGGUUUCGUUACCUCAUAAGCUAUGGGGAGUUUGGUAACAUAACUAGAUGGAGUCUUGGGAUAUUGCUGGCUUUACUCUACCUCAUACUAAAACUUUUGGACUUUUUUGGACAUCUGAGAACUUUCAGACAGGUUUUACGAGUAUUUUUUACACGACCAAGUUAUGGAGUAGCUGCCAGCAAGAGACAGUGUUCAGAUGUGGAUGAUAUUUGUUCAAUAUGUCAAGCUGAAUUUCAGAAGCCAAUUCUUCUCAUCUGUCAGCAUAUAUUUUGUGACGAGUGCAUUACCUUAUGGUUUAACAGAGAGAAAACAUGUCCACUGUGCAGAACUGUAAUUUCAGACCGUAUAAACAAAUGGAAAGAUGGAGCCACUUCAUCACACCUUCAAAUAUAUUAAACUGUAUAAACUAUUAAGGCCACAAAACACUAAUUUCAGUUGGUUACAGUGACUACUGAAUUUUCGGGCUAGAAGAAAAAUGUUUCCAGUUUUGGUAUAUAGUUAAGACUUA